AUGCAGAAGCCUCCAUUCACAAUCCCGUCCCCUGGCUAUGAGAAGGUCGAGGGAGAGACCCUUCCUCGCCGUAACCGCAAGGCCAAGGAUGGCCUUAUUGAUAGGCCAGCCAAGGGUGUCGGUACUGUCUGGGACCUGAUCAGCCGAAGCGCUCGGCUCUAUCCAGACCGCAAGGCUGUAGGUAGCAGAAAGCUGAUCACGAUUCACAACGUGACCAAGGUGAACAUGCGGGAUGUAGACGGGAAGCUCCAAGAGGUUGAGAGUGAAUGGAACUACUUUGAGCUUUCACCCUAUCAAUUUCUCACCUACGAGCAGUACUACCGUCUCGUUCGGCAGCUGGGCUCUGGCCUUCACAAGCUGGGGAUGCCCCGCCACAGUAAACUACACAUGUUUGCUACUACCAGUGUUUGUUGGAUGUCACUAGCACAUGCAUGCGCCUCUCGGUCCAUUUGCCUCGUGACCGCCUAUGACACUCUCGGGGAGGAAGGCCUCGCACACUCUCUCGUCCAAACAGAUGCAACGGUCAUGUACAUUGAUGCACACUUGCUCGCGAAGGCCCAGAAGCCCAUCCGUAAAUCCCAGAUCAAGAUUGUCAUUGUGAACACCGAAUGCAUCUUCGGUGGUGGCGAUACAGAAGUCGACAUUUUCAAGAGAGACAACCCAAAUCUCAGAGUGGUUACUUACGAAGAACUCCGCCAGCUGGGUGAGGACAAUCCUGCAACACCUUACCCACCUAUGCCCGAGGAGACAUACUGCAUUAUGUACACAUCUGGAUCUACAGGUGUUCCUAAAGGUGUUUCAAUCAGACACGAGUCUCUCGUCGCCGGUGUCACUGGUCUUUUUUCCUGCGUUGAGGACUGGGUCGGUGAUGAUGAGUGCAUUCUGGCCUAUCUCCCAUCUGCGCAUAUAUUUGAGUUGGUCGUUGAGAACCUCGUGUUCUUAAUCGGCGGCUCUUUGGGAUACGGCAGUGCUCGUACUCUUGCCGACGCCUCUGUCCGAAACUGCGCAGGCGACCUCCGGGAGCUCAAGCCCACAGUCUUGGUCGGUGUUCCUCAAGUUUGGGAAACCAUUAAGAAGGGCAUCAUUGGCCAGGUCAAUAGCCUCACCAGCUCUGUCCUCCGGGGCAUCUUCUGGGGCGCUUUCUACUACAAGGGUUUCAUGGUCGAUAAUAAUAUCCUCGGAGCUUCCCUGCUUGACUUUGUGUUCAAGGCGAUCCGAGAAAAGACUGGCGGUAGGCUGCGGUACAUCAUGAACGGUGCCAGUGGCAUUGCCCCAGAUACAAGACGAUUUUUGUCUCUUGUUCUUGCCCCUAUGUUGGUUGGCUAUGGGCUGACCGAGUCGUGCGCCAACGGCGCCUUGACCAAUCCAUCCCAAUACUCACGCAACACAAUUGGCCCAAUUCCUGCUUCCAUUGACUUGAAGCUGGUCUCCAUUCCAGACCUGGGUUAUGUCACAACUGGUAAGACACCCCAGGGGGAGAUAUGGAUCAAGGGGAAGCCUGUUCUCUCAGAGUAUUACCACAACCCGGAGGAAACUGCCAAAGCCGUGACUCCAGAUGGCUGGUUCAAAACAGGAGAUAUCGGCGAGUUUGAUGCCAGAAGCGGCAAUCUCAAUGUGAUUGAUCGGGUGAAGAACCUUAUCAAGAUGCAAGGCGGCGAAUACAUUGCCGUCGAAAAGCUCGAAGCAAUCUACCGCAGUGCUCAUUCAGUGUCUAAUGUCAUGGUCCACGCGGAGGACUCAUACCCUCGGCCUAUUGCCAUCGUCAUACCCAACCCAAGGGUCGUGAUAGACCUGGCGCAAGACCUCCCCAGCGGGUGCAAGUUUAACGAGUCUAAUUUGCACUUGAGUCAGGACGCCCAAUCAGUGAUCCUUCAUGAUCUCCGGCUGACUGCCUGGGAUGCUGGUCUUUCUGGUAUCGAGAUCAUAGCGAAUGUAGUCAUAUCUCACGAAGAGUGGACUCCUGCUACAGGCCUUGUGACUGUUACAGAGAAAUUGAACAGAAGAGCCAUCGUCAAGACUUAUCAUAGUCAGAUCAAAGAGGCCUUCAAAUUAGAUCAGUUGCCUCUC